AUGGGUUACCUUUCAGCAGCGCGCUAUGGCAAGGACAAUAUCCGCCUCUACAAGGUUGAGCGCGAUGAAGCUACAAAGACACACACUGUGUACGAGAUGACUGUUUGUGUCUUGCUGGAAGGAGAGAUUGACCCUUCCUACACUGAAGCAGACAACAGCGUCGUGGUCGCGACCGACUCGAUGAAGAACACCACCUACAUCCUGGCCAAACAGAACCCUAUCCACCCACCGGAGCUCUUCGCUUCCACCCUGGGAAACCACUUCAUUCAAAAGUACAAGCACAUCCAUGCUGCGCACAUCAGCAUCGUCCAGCACCGAUGGACGCGCAUGACCAUCGAUGGAAAGCCACACCCGCACUCCUUCUUCCGGGACGGCAAUGAAAAGAGAGUGGUGCAAGCAGACAUCUUCGAGGGGAAGGGCAUCGAGAUCCGCUCCGGAAUCUCUGAUUUGCUCGUGCUCAAGAGCACUGGGUCUGAAUUCCACCACUUUGUCCGAGACGAAUUCACUACCCUGCCGGACGUGUACGACCGCAUUCUGAGCACGUCUGUGGACGCUGGCUGGAAGUGGUCGACUUUCUCUGGCCUCGAUGUGGUCAAGAAGGCAACGAGCAAAUUCGAUGAGACUUGGUCCAAGUCCAGGGAGAUCACCUUCCGACUCUUUGCUACAGAGGAGUCUCCUAGCGUUCAAAACACCAUGUACAAGAUGGGCCAGGAGAUCCUCGCGGCACAACCUCUUGUCGCCGCUGUUGAUUACUCGCUGCCUAACAAGCACUACUUUGAAAUUGACCUGAGCUGGCAUAACGGACUCAAGAACACCGGCAAGGACGCUGAAGUCUACGCACCACAAUCCGAUCCCAAUGGUCUGAUCAAGUGCACGGUUUCGCGCGAAGUGAAGGCCAAGUUGUAA